AUGUACAGCCUAGCGUCAGCUAUACCAGGGCCGAAAAACGAGUGUCCUAUCAUAGGGGUUGCGCAUAAGAUGAUGGGAGAUAUCAUGUACAACUUACAAGAAUUUUGUUACGAUUCGAUACAACAUGGUGGUUUGAUCAAAGCGUGGCUAAAUCAUAUACUUUACUUUUUGGUGACAAAUCCUACGGACAUGGAAGGGAUAUUAAAGACAUGCUUAGAAAAAGAUGAUACACAUAGGUUUCUUAGAAAGGUCUUUGGCAAUGGCAGCAAUGUAGACCAAUUUGUCGCAGUAUUCACUGAGAACAGUCAGAAAUUGGUGGAAAAGUUAGUUAGUCAUCAAGGUACAGGAAAGUUUAGCAUUUGGCCGUACCUUUCUACUUACACAUUGGAUUCAUUAGGUGAAACUGCAUUAGGUGUGAAAAUAAACUCUCAAGAUGAUCCAAAUUCUUCUUUUCUGAAGUCAAUAAAUACAAUCCUUUACCUCGUGAAUAAAAGAAUUUUCCAUUUGUGGUUGCAACCAGACUGGCUGUUUAAACUUUUUCCACUGUACAAGUUGCAUCAAAAGUGUAUAAAAGUUCUGCACAACUUUACAGACGAAGUCAUCGUAAAGAAGCGUGCUGAAAUAAGUCAAUAUAAAAAAUGCCAAUCUCAAGCUGACAAUCAUUACAAUCGAGGCGAAUAUCAAAAUAACAGUUUUCUUGACAUGUUAAUAUCAAUAUCUGGAGGUGAGAACGGAUACAGUAAUGUGGAACUUCGAGAAGAAGUUCUUACUAUGACCGUAGCAGGCACGGAUACAUCUGCUACUGUCAUUGGUUACACUUUGAUGUUGUUAGCCAAAUAUCCAAAAAUACAAGAUAAAGUCUAUGAAGAGUUAUACGAAAUAUUUGGAGACUCUAACAGACCUGUCACUAAACAAGAUUUGGUAGACAUGAAAUGUUUAGAGAGGGUAGUAAAAGAAUCGUUAAGGCUAUUCCCUCCUGUGCCAUUCAUCGUUCGCAAAGUGGAGACAGAAGUAAAAUUGCCAUCUGGUCGUAUAUUGCCAGCGGGGACAGGUGCGGUGCUGGGCAUCUGGGGUUGCCAUCGCGACCCAAAAUAUUGGGGUCCUGAUGCCGAGCAUUUUGAUCCUGAUCGCUUUUUACCGGAACGAUUUAACUUGGAACAUGCCUGCAGUUACAUGCCAUUUAGUAAUGGACCUAGGAACUGUGUAGGAUAUCAAUUUGCUCUUAUGUCGAUCAAAACAUCGCUAGCGUGGAUUCUUCGGAACAACAAAGUGGUUGGAGAACCAGAAGAUGGGCCAAUUCCUCAUAUCAAAGUGAAGUUCAGCAUUAUGAUGAAAGAUGUUACCGGUUAUCAAGUUGCUUUGGAAAAAAGACAACCAAAAUUUAAUAUUCAAUCAAAA